CGGCGACCUCACCCCUUGCAGAUCACAAUUUAUAUAAAGCGACACCCAGUACCACUCAUUGACAGAGGACUAGGUAGAUAUCCAACCACCGAGUUACUCCGUACCACUUACAAUGCUUCUUCUUCUCGGCCUGGCCAGCAUGGCCGCAGCAUGGACCAUGUCCACCCCCUACGGCGACCACGAAGGCAGCGCCGCCCUGGAGUGCACCGUCGUCGACUAUCCGACCGGGUCGAGCAUUGGAGUUACAGGCCUCGAGGCCGGCCAGGUGGUGACGCUGUGGGAGACGAGCUCAUGCACGGGGGGAAAAGUGCAUGUGUUUGAGACGGAUGGGAGUGUUGAUACCACAGCAGAGACAUUGGCUUUUAAUGUGCUUUCUUAAUCCAUGGCGAUCAUAGUCCCGAUAGUAAUGACACUCCGGUUGCUCAUCUUGGAGCAAGAAGAUUCCAUGGAAUAGAAGAAUAGAGUCGGCUACUGAAAUUAGUAAUGAUGAUUCACACUUGGAGUAUAUAGUUGAAGUAUAUAUCUGAUUCUAGCAUAGGGUAUAUAACAUUUCCU